CUAAGAGAAAUGAGUACUUAAAACAAGCAAAUCUUUUAGGAAACCUUUGAAUUUAUUCCAGAAAAUUGUAUGUUCAGUGUUGGGGAUACUAUUAAGCUGGGAGUCCGCUGCCGAAUAUCAAAAUCGCGCAAUAUCAACUCAAUCCCUACAUUCUCAUGUCAGACCAAUCAGCUGUUCGUUGUGUCUGAUUUUAUCGUGUGAAUUCUGCAUUAUUUGUUUGUUAAGUUAAAUAUUCAAGUUAAAUUACUUGAAAUGCAAUUUAUUUUUAAAAUCGAAGACAAGGACCCUGUGCCGGCGGCUGCCAGCCAUGUGAUCAACCCGCACAGUUCAUUGCAGCCUCAGCAGCCCGCUGUUCUUGUGGAGCCGAAGGAUGCACAACAUGAAAUUAAGUUGCAAAACAUUGUGGCCACGUUCUCCGUGAACUGCGAACUGGACCUCAAGACCAUAAAUUCCCGGACCCGAAACUCUGAAUACUCGCCCAAGCGUUUCCGCGGCGUUAUCAUGCGCAUGCACUCACCACGCUGCACGGCGCUCAUCUUUCGCACAGGCAAAAUCAUAUGCACAGGAGCCCGCAACGAGAUGGACGCCGACAUUGGUUCCCGCAAGUUUGCGCGCAUUCUCCAGAAACUGGGCUUUCCGGUCAAGUUUAUGGAGUAUAAGCUGCAGAAUAUUGUGGCCACGGUGGACCUGCGCUUCCCCAUACGCCUGGAGAACCUCAAUCAAGUGCACGGCCAGUUUAGUUCCUACGAGCCCGAAAUGUUUCCCGGCCUCAUCUACCGCAUGGUCAAGCCGCGAAUUGUGCUGCUGAUAUUUGUCAAUGGCAAGGUGGUCUUUACGGGUGCCAAGUCACGAAAGGAUAUCAUGGACUGUCUAGACGCCAUUUCGCCUAUCCUGUUAAGCUUUCGGAAGACGUAAACGAAGCGUUCUGCUGGGGAUUGGUUAUUAUUGCGGGUAUUUUUAGAUCAUUUUUUAUACGCCUUUUUAUGAACAAUGCCAUUACUUAGAUGUGUAGCUACUAUGAUUAACUUUCAUAAGCAAUAUAUGUACAUACAUAUGUGCAUUUUACAUACAUAUAUGCAUGCAUUUUCAUUCCACAAAAAAAUGUUACACAUAAAAAUGGUUUGUAAAAUAGUUACGCAAGGUUUUAGGAUUUUGUUUAAAUUCGUUUUAUUUAGUCCGAUUUUAACGAUGGAAUCCAGGAGCUCGAACAGCAUUUAAAUUGUUUUGUACAAAACCAACUCAUUUGUACUUUUGCAUUUUAAUAAUUACCAUAAAAACCCAACACACAUAAAACCACUUGUAUUACUUUCGUUUAUUUUUCACAUUUCUUUCAUUACAAAGAAAACACUCAAAAUUAUGUACUUCAUGGAGAGAUUCGGUUCGUUUCUUAUUGGUAAGGAGGAAGUAGGGACGGACUUUACACACGAACGAGGCUAGAUAUAUUCUCAUUCCGUUUACAUGGCUAUGUUGUCAAGAGAGUUAUUACAAUACAAACUAUUUGUGGAGUGACUUACAGACUAUGCAGAUUCAUAAGUUGCAUAAAUAAAAUUGGACGGUUACGGUUCCUUCAACGUGCGACUCCGAUACGCUUUCGUUUUAAAAUUAAUUCGAAAAAUAUGACGUAAGGAUUAUACAUUAUUAUAUACUAUAUAGAUAGGUUUCAAUUUCAAUUCGAUAUGCAUGCAAAAACAUUUUUGUCUCAUUACAUUUUGCUAACACGAUUUCUAAAAUCUAUUAAAGGCAUCAUUUUGUGAAAAGACACAUACAAAAUAUUCGAACGCUUCUCAUUCCGUUCUUCCAGCGGCACUUGAAGCCCGCUCUGUGGUAAGGCAUUGAUAAUGGUUGUUCAUUACAUGGAUGGUUCGAAUAUAGCUUAUAAAAUACGUUUUCUUUUGUUAGGUUUUAGGUGGCUACAUUUUAGAUGUGGGUUUAAGGGAGGUUCUGUGUCUGCUUUUGUAAAAAAUCUUCUCUUUGUUCAGCGUUUAAACGUAAAAUUACAAAAUUAAUUCAUGAAUUAACUGUGUGGCUUGGACUGCUUUUGUACAUUCAUUCGAUUCUACAGCGGUCAGGGUCAAGUAAACAAAAACAAAAAAUAUCUAAACAAAUAAAA